CCGCUGUGCCCUAGAGUCGCCGCCGUGCGGUCGCCGCCGAAGGCUCGGCCCCAAACCCAUCUGCCUCUCACUCGCAUCGCCGUCGCCGUCUCCGCUCCCUUUCCGUCCCAUCGCGCCCCUCCCUGCUGUUUCCGCCGCGUCCGCAGUCUUGGACAUUGGUUGUUUUUCUUUGAGGGCAGUGCUUGGGGAGUUGUGAACAAAGUUUUUUCUGUUGCUGUCGAGGUGUCUGAUGUUUCUUAUGAGUCAGAAUAAGAUAAUUCUAUUCAGAGUUUAGAGCUGCUUAAUGAUGGAAGACGUCGAGGUAGUACUUGAGGCGCAAGACAGACAGAUUGUAGUUCAGGCGCAAGAUGGCCAGGCUGUAGUUCAGUCGGAAGAUGACCAGGUUGUAUUUCAGGGGCAAGACAGCCAGGAUGCAGUUCAGCUGCAAGACAACCAGGUUAUAGUUCAGUCGGACGGCCAGGUUGUAGUUCAUGCAGAAGAUGGUCAGGUUUUAGUUGAGCCGGAAGACGACCAUGUUUUAGUUGAGUCAGAAGACGACCAUGUUUUAGUUGAGUCAGAAGACGACCAGAUUUAUCUUGAGGCAGAGCAGGACCUUGUACAGCGUGAGCGAUUCCUUGUCAUCGGCCAAGAGUUUAGCAAUGUUGAAACCUGCCGCAGGGCGAUCAAGGAUAUGGCCAUUGCUUUGCAUUUCCAGCUUCGUGUCGUGAAAUCUGACCGUAGCCGAUUCAUCGCCAAAUGCAGCACAGAAGGAUGUCCGUGGCGGGUGCAUGUGGCCAAGUGCCAUGAUGUUCCGACUUUCACCGUCAGGACGCUGCAAGCAGAGCACACAUGUGAGGGUGUUCAGGAUCUACAUCAUCAACAGGCCACUGUUAACUGGGUGGCUAGGUCUGUUGAGGCAAGGCUAAGAGAUAAUCCGCAGAUUAAACCAAAGGAGAUACUGCAGGAUAUUCGGGACCAGCAUGGGGUUGCUGUGUCUUAUAUGCAGGCAUGGCGUGGAAAGGAGAGAAGCAUGGCUGCUGUUCAUGGUACCCUUGAGGAUGGAUAUCGCCUUCUUCCUGCAUACUGUGAGCAGAUUGGAAAGACAAAUCCUGGUAGCGUUGCAGUAUACAAAGGUUCUGUGACGGACAAUUCCUUUCAGCGGCUCUUUGUCUCGUUCCGUGCAUCGAUUUAUGGCUUCUUAAAUGCGUGUAGACCCCUUUUGGAAAUUGACAAGGCAGAACUGAAGGGGAAGUAUCUUGGGACAUUGCUAUGUGCUUCAGCUGUUGAUGCUGAUCAUAUGAUGUUCCCUGUAGCAUUUGCUGUUGUCGAUUCUGAGAGUGAUGACAACUGGAUGUGGUUUAUCUCAGAACUUAGGAAGAUGCUUGGAGUUAACACAGAUAAGAUGCCUGUUUUAACAAUACUCUCUGAGAGACAUCCACAGGUGGUUGAAGCUGUCGAGCUCAACUUCCCUACUGCUUUUCAUGGAUUUUGCUUGAGAUACGUGAGUGAGAAUUUUCGUGAAGAGUUCAAGAGUCCUAAACUUCUGAACCUUUUCUGGAGUGCUUUCUAUGCUCUCACAACUACAGAAUUUGAUUCAAAGGUAAAAGAUAUGAUGCAAGUUCAGGAUGUCAUGCAAUGGUUCCAGCAUUUUCCACCAAACCUCUGGGCAGUUUCUUACUUUGAGGGUAUGAGAUAUGGCCAUUUCAAUCUUGGCAUAACGGAAAUAUUAUAUAACUGGGCCCUGGAGUGUCAUGAGCUUCCCAUUGUGCAAACAAUCGAGUACAUCAGACACCAACUGACAUGCUGGUUUAGUGAACGAUACAAGUUGGCACUAUCCCACGAGUCAGUUCUUGUUCCAUCUGCUGAGAAACUCAUUUCAGAAUCCAUUUCUGAUUCAGGAUGUUAUCAAGUACUCCGUGCAAACAAGGUGGAGUUUGAGAUUGUGUCAUCUGAGCGAACAAACAUUGUGGAUACUGAAACCAGGUUCUGCUCGUGUCGUCGGUGGCAAAUAUAUGGUAUUCCAUGUGCACAUGCUGCUGCUGCACUACUUUCAUGUGGUGAAGAUCCUCGCCAGUACACACAUGACUGCUUCAGCGUAUUGAAGUAUAGGGAGACCUACUCUCAGCGGAUCUAUCCAAUUCCAGACCGGAUUCACUGGAGCAAUUCCUCCUCUGGGCCGGGCGUAUGCUACAAGUCAGAUGUGAUACUUCGCCCACCCAAGAUCCGGAGGCCUCCUGGUCGUCCCAAAAUGAAGAUUCUCAAGAUGGAAAGCUUGAAACGGCCGAAGCGGAUUGUUCAGUGUGGCCGGUGUCAUCUUCUUGGGCAUUCUCAAAAAAAGUGUUCAUCACGGAGCUGACACACAUACUUCUGUCCAUCUGGAUUCUUGCGUUUGUUCCAUAGAUAACUUAUUAGUUUCCUUAUUAGCAUUUGUCAAGUUUGCUUUUCUUCUUCUUUUUUUGCAUCUUCAGAUUAGUGAUUACUACACUAUUGUGUAUCUGACGUUGGUCCUAGGACUCCUUUUCUGCACAUACUAUUGUGUAUCUGA